AUGGAAAAUCAUGGUGAUGACCCAAAUAGUCCAAAUCACAGCUGCGAAAGGGCGGAGCCGGUGAGAUCACGGUGGACUCCCAAGCCGGAGCAGAUUCUAAUUUUGGAGUCCAUUUUCAAUAGUGGAAUGGUUAAUCCUCCAAAAGAUGAGACGGUCAGAAUUAGAAAGCUUCUUGAAAAAUUUGGCUCUGUUGGGGAUGCCAAUGUUUUCUACUGGUUUCAAAACCGCCGCUCUCGCUCUCGCCGCCGCCAGCGCCAGCUGCAAGCCGCCGCUAGUAGCGGCGGUGCAAUUCACUACGAUGGUAGUAGCGUCAGUACUGGCGGUGGUUACAACAGUGGUGUUAUGAAUUUUGGUGGGGCUUCUUCUUCUUAUCUCGGAGGAGGGUCCUCGUCCUCGUCCUCCUCCACUUCUGGGGUUGGAGGAGAUUGUAGCGGCGGUGGUUUCUCGAUGUCAGGUCCUAUGGGUUUCUCUGAAGUUGAUCAACAAAUGGUUGUAACGACUCCGUCAUUUUGCCCUUCCGAAACCUCAAAUUUAGAGUUUCAAUCAGGUUAUAUUAUAAUAUUCAUAAAUGGAGUUCCAACAGAAGUUCCCAAAGGACCCAUGGACAUGAAAGCAAUGUUUGGGCAAGAGACAGUGUUAGUUCAUUCAUCAGGACUCCCAGUUCUUACCAAUGAAUUUGGAAUCUCUCUGCACACUUUGCAGCAUGGUGAAAGUUACUUUCUGGUUUCAAGACCAACAUGA